GACACGACAACAGCGCGACUCGAUAUACUCACUGUCAACACGUCUGUGUGUAGUAUGAAGAGUGCAGCAGCUACUCACACCUCCAAUGCAAUGCUACACUGAGCUCGCGCCGCCGACGGCCGUCAGCCAUGCCGUCAGCCUGCCCUUUGUGUCCUCGCGCGCGACCAACCUCGUUGUCGCGAAGAACUCGCUGCUGCAGGUCUUCGAGCUGCGCUCCACCGUCACCGAGGUGAGAAGCGGCGGGGACGGCGCCGAGAGCGCCGCCGCGAACCUCGACACGGAGGCGGCCGAUGUGCAGGUGCAGCGCACCGAAAACACGUCGAAGCUGGUGCUGCUGGGCGAGUUCCCCCUCGCCGGCACCGUCAUCUCGCUCGCGCGCAUCAAGGUGCUCAACACAAAGUCGAAGGCGGAGGCGCUGCUGGUGGCAUUCAGGGACGCGAAGCUGAGCUUGGUGGAGUGGGACCCGGAGAACUACAACCUCCAUACAAUAUCAAUACACUACUAUGAGAACCUCGACUUGCCUGGCCUUGCCCCGUGGAGUGCUGAGUUGAAAGAUACGCACAACUUCCUCACUGCCGACCCCAGCAACAGAUGCGCCGCCCUCAAAUUCGGCACCCACAACCUCGCCAUCCUGCCCUUCCGCCAGCGCGACCUGGCCGAGGACGACUACGACUCGGACGACGAGCCCAAGAACAAGGACACGUCGAACGGCGACGGAGAGCAUGCAACGCCCUACUCGAGCUCCUUCGUGCUGCCCCUGACGAACCUCGACCCCACCCUCGCCCACCCUGUCCAUCUCGCCUUUCUGCACGAGUACCGCGAGCCCACGUUCGGUGUGAUUGCCGCCUCGCAGGCCACCGCCCCGUCACUGCUCGCCUACCGCAAGGACAUCCUCACCUACACCGUCUUCACCCUCGACCUCGAACACAAGGCGUCCACCACACUGCUGUCUGUCACGGGGCUGCCCUACGAUGUCAAUCGUGUAGUACCCCUGCCACAUCCAAUUGGCGGUGCUUUGCUGGUCGGAGCGAACGAAGUCAUACAUGUCGACCAGUCUGGCAAGACGAAUGGUGUGGCUGUAAACGAGUUUGCCAAGGUCUGUUCAUCGUUCCCACUGAGCGAUCAGUCUGAACUGGCGCUUCGUCUCGAGGGCUGCACGGUCGAGCUGUUGUCCCAGGAGACUGGUGACGUACUCAUCGUGCUGAACAAUGGACGAUUGCUCAUCUUGACUUUUACGCUUGACGGACGCACAGUGUCUGGCAUGACUGUGCAGCCUGUUGACGCAGAGCAUGGCGGUCACAUCCUCAAAACGAGCGCUUCCUGCACAACCAGCUUGGGACGUGGACGUCUGUUCGUCGGUAGCGAGGAUGGUGAGUCCGCAUUACUGGGCUGGAUAGGCGCCGCAAAUCAGUUGAGACGAAAGCAGUCAGACGCAGGUCUCGAACAGGAGGACGAUAUGUCUGACAUCGAGGACGAAGUUGACGAUCUGGACGAUGACCUCUACGACACUGCGCCAACUGUGAAGAAGAUUACGUCUGCUGCUGCAGAGCCCUCAGCACCUGGAUCGUACACGUUCAGGAUACACGACAUUCUACCAAGCAUAGCGCCCAUCAACGAAGUCGUUCUGCAUCCUGGUAAGGACACCGACUCGCUCAACAAGGGCGAGAUCGUCGCCUCAACUGGUCGGGGUGCUGCUGGCGCCAUCACUACUCUGAACCGAGAAUUGCACCCUGUCAAGCUGGCGCAGACAGAGCUAGAGUCAGCAAAGGGCUUGUGGGCUGUGCAUGCUAAGAAGGCGGUGCCCCAGGGUGUCUCCGCUGCAUUCGGCGAAGAUACUGAAGCCAAUAUGUCUUCUGAUGUCGACUACGACCAGUACUUGGUGGUCUGCCGAGCUGGUGAGGAUGGCGACGAGGUCACCACAGUGUACGAAGUGAACGGCAACGAGCUCACAGCUACCGACAAGGGCGACUUCGAGCGCGAGGAGGGGUCAACGUUGAGUGUUAGCGUGCUUGCACGUGGAACCAAGGUGGUACAGGUCAUGCGCACCGAAGUUCGAACUUAUGACUCUGAGCUCAAUAUGGACCAGAUCCUUCCCAUGGAAGACGAAGAGAGUGGUGAUGAACUUCGCAUCAUCAACGCGAGCUUCGCUGACCCAUAUUUGCUAAUCUUGCGUGAGGACUCCAGCGUCAAGAUCUUCAAGGCGAGCGGUGAUGGCGAACUGGAAGACGUUGAGGCUAGCGGACUGUCUUCGACUAAGUGGCUGUCAGCAUCACUCUUCAGAUCAUCCACAUUUACCGAGGUCUUUGCCUUCCUGUUGACACCAGAAGGCGGGCUGCAUGUGUUCGCCAUGUCGGCGCUGGAGAAACCGAGCUACGUCGCAGAGGGCCUGGGAUUCCUACCACCAGUAUUGACGGUGGACUAUGUGCCUCGACGCAGUGCAGGCAAGGCUACCAUCACCGAGCUCCUCGCCGCUGACCUCGGUGACUCGACUACAAGAUCACCACAUCUUAUCAUCCGAACCUCCAACGAUGAUCUUGUCAUCUACAAAGCUUUCCACUCACCCGCACGAUCUUCGACCGAAUUGUGGACAAAGAACCUCAGGUGGGUCAAGCUGUCUCAACAACACGUUCCCCGAUUCUCUGAAGAGGUAGACGAAGCCUCAGAGGAAGUCAAGAUCGAGAGCACCCUCCUCGCACUAGACAACAUCUGCGGCUACAGCACUGUCUUCCAGCGCGGAGCGUCACCAGCAUUUAUCUUCAGAGAAUCUUCAAGUGCGCCUCGUGUCGUCAGCAUGAGCGGCAGAGCCGUCAAGGGUCUGACGCGCUUCCACACGUCGUCGUGCCAGCGUGGUUUCGCAUACCUGGACGCCACUGACACACUCCGCAUCUCUCAACUACCCACACAAACACAUUUUGGACAUCUUGGCUGGGCUACACGGCAACUGCCGUUCGGCUCUGAGGUUCACACCUUCACUUACCAUCCGAAGGGGCUCUACAUCGUGGGCACAGGGCAAUACGAAGAAUUCGCUCUUAACCCAGACGAUACAUACCAUGAAGCGCUGCCCAAAGAAGACACUGCCUUCAAACCACAUGUUGAGCGUGGCGUGUUGAAGGUGAUUGAUGAGAAGACAUGGACAGAGAUCGACAGCCACCUCCUCGAUCCACAAGAAGUUGUGCUGUGCAUCAAGACCCUCAACCUUGAAGUAUCAGAAACCACCCACCAACGCAAAGACCUCAUCGCAGUCGGAACGUCAAUCGUCCACGGCGAAGACCUCGCAACGAAGGGAAACAUACGAAUAUUCGAGGUGAUCAACGUCGUUCCUGAUCCUGAGCGCCCAGAAACAAACAAGCGUCUGAAGCUCAUCGUGAAAGACGAGGUCAAGGGUGCAGUGUCUGCCGUCUCGGAGCUCGGCACACAAGGUUUCCUCAUCAUGGCACAAGGUCAGAAAUGUAUGGUCAGAGGCCUGAAAGAGGACGGUACAUUGCUGCCGGUCGCUUUCAUGGACAUGCAAUGCUACGUCACCACGCUGAAGAACCUGCCAAAUACGGGUAUGCUGCUGAUGGGCGACGCGUUCAAGGGCGUCUGGUUCACAGGCUACACUGAAGAGCCAUAUAAGAUGAUGCUCUUCGGCCGCAGCAGACACCAUCUCGAGUGCAUCGCGACUGACUUCCUGCCUUUUGACGAGCAGCUCCACAUCAUUGUCGCAGACGCAGAUAUGAAUCUGCAGGUCCUGCAGUAUGAUCCUGAGAACCCCAAAUCUGCAGGUGGAGCACGCCUCCUUCACAAAUCCACCUUUCACACAGCACACUUCCCCACAACCCUCACGCUCCUUCAAUCCUCUCUCAAAAUGCCAGCGACCUCCGAGUUCGGCACAGCCAACGACUACGACGACGACGUGGACAUGGACACCCCCUCAACCUCGCAGCCAAUCCAUCAAAUCCUGCACACGACACAGUCAGGAACACUUGCACUCAUCACACCACUAUCAGAAUCAAGCUACCGCCGUCUCUCGGGCCUCAGUGCUUUCUUGGCUAAUGCACUGGAGUCGGCGUGUGGUCUGAAUCCCAAGGCUUUCCGUAUCAGUGAUGCUGAAGAGGGUGGAUGGGAUGCCGGUGGUGUGGGGCGCGGUAUGGUAGAUGGAAAUCUGCUGAUGAGAUGGGGUGAGCUGGGAGAGUGGAAGAGGAGAGAAGGGUUAAGCAAGAUUGGAGCUCAAGAGUGGGUGUUCUGGGGUGAGCGGGAGGUGCUUGGGGGAUGGGGCGUGUUUGGCGGGAGAGGGAAAUGAUAAUUAGGUAGAUGGUGUCUGCAAGCUCAAGCGUUGUGCGAACGAUUUGGUCGAAGGUGAGAAGGUGCACUUGCCAUGUAUCGUGAGCGUCCUUUCCUUCACCUGCGCGCUAAGCCGCAUUAGUGUCAUGCGGUACAAUUGACGCCGCCCGUCUUCCUCUUUCUCUUCCUCUUCCCUACCUUACAAUGCACACCGCUCGACGCUCACGGG